GUUUCCGCGGCUUCUUAAAUCGAGGACGUGUGUCGCUCGAUUUGGAAGUCGGGCUCGAGGAGGAGCGGCCAGUGAACCUCGCCAGUCACUCUGAGGCAGCGCAGCGUCGAGGCGGCCGGUCUAGUCUUGCAGCAUGUUGUUCUUCCUUCUCCUGGCGCUGGUGGGCCUGCUGGGCGGCGGCCUCUGCUCCCCCGUCACCAAGAGUGACACCACCGCUACCCACUCCGCCACGCUGUCGUCCGGGGCCAGGGAGAGAAGGAACGCCAGAGUCAUUGAAGACUGCAUGCUGGUGGGCCUGGAGGAGGGCACGUAUUUCUAUAAGAGCCGCGGGACAGGGGAGGUCUGCGGCGUCUACCUGCUGAGCCAACCUGACGAAGCUGUCCAGGUGUCCUUUGACUACCUGAACGUGGACUGCGACAGCGACGGUCUUGUUAGUUUCGUCGACGGGUGGGAGCUGGGCGGCGAGCUGUUCCCAGGGGAGGUGGACGCCCCGUUGGAGGGUCGCGUGCACGAGUUUUGUGGGCGCCUCAAGAAGAAGGUCUUCCGCUCUUCUGGCAACGCUGCGCUCAUCCAGUACCGCAUCCCGUCCCGCGGCGACGGCUUCAAGAUCACCGUGCGCUACACCAAGAACCCCGCACCGUGCAAUAUCCUGGUGAACGACGUGUCUGGGGUCUACACGCUAAGAAACCACGGCCGCCGCCAGAACUGCUCCGUGACCAUGAUCUCCCCAGCCACCGUGAACCUCGUGCAGCUCUCGGUGGGCGUGGUGGGCAACGUGGCGAACCGGGCCUUGGAGACGGGCGUGCUUAGCAGAUGCCAAAAGCGAGGUGUUCAGGACUUCGUGCAGAUAGGAGGCGGCCAGGGGCUUGAUCCCAUACACAUGAUGGUUGAAGACUCCAUUUGCGGCCUAGACACCAACCCACGUGUCCCCGCGUCCCAUGUCCUGUGCGGGAUGACUACAGUUCGCAUGGUGUCCAGCGGCCGCGUGGACAACAGCGUGACAGUGGCCCUCUCUCAGAUCGCCGACCCAGAAGUUAUGCCUACCUUGAUGUGUGACCUGCCCCUGUGAGUUUGUUGCGCGGGUCUCCUCCUCCCUCCAGACAACGCUGCAGCUCCUCCCUUCCUCCCCCCCUCCCUUCCUCUCCCGUCACAUUCCCUCCCUCCAUCAUAUUUAUUCUUUCCACUUCCUUUGGCUUUCUUUUCUCACGAUUUUCCUUCACUAUUCAAAUUCUCCCUCUCCACUCAGAGAAUCCAAUUUUUGUAUUUGCUUCUCGUUCUGUUGUGUUUUUCCAUUCCUUCAGUCCUUCUUUUUCCACUCCCCUUCUUUCUCCAUCCCUUCCCCUCCCUUCCCCAUUCCCUUCCCCUCCCAGCGGCCUCCCCACAAGACCAACAGACCUUCACCAGCAGAUUUUUUUUGGUGGGCUCAAGAAACCUCCUCAGCUUUGUCUUUUGUGGGAAAACAAUGACCAAGGAGACGAAAGUCCAAUUCAAAGUGUUCGCUCACCUCCUGAACGUCUUGUCACUUAUCCUCUUUUAGCGGGAGAGUAUCGUAAGGAAAUAAUAAUGUAACUGCAACCUCAAUGCAUCAACUUGUAAGGUUCACUAUUGAGACGAAAUGUAUAUAGCCUAGACGUGUCGGAAUUCUCCUCUUUGACUGAAAUACUCGAAUCAUCGCAGCAGUACAAGUCACAUACGCGGGCCACCAAGACGCAGCCACACGAGGGUCACCGCCGAGCCGACCGUGUGGCUGGUCGGCUCGACGGUGACCUGCGGGAUGUCCACGGGAAGGCACCACCAGCACCACGGUUUCUGUCCACCACCCCUUACGACCCUGUGGCCUUGUGCUACUCCAGAGGCGCCGACGGGUCCCCUGAGCAGUUUGAGGAAGACUUGAAAAUCGUGAAACAGUUUUAUCUUUACGGGUUGGUUAGAAAUAACAGUAACAUGCAUAUACUGAGCUAAAGAAUAUCAUAAAGAUGUCCAUAUGUUGUAAAUCUGAGAUAUGUAUUGUAUAAGUACUUCUAAAGUUGACUUACUGUAAUAAUGAUACUUCAAUUCUGACCAAAGGAACGGGCACAAAAUAAACUGCAAAAACUUGGUAAUGCUCUUCAUAUAUAGGUUAUCGUGUAGGUACUUCUAAAGCUGAACUAUCAUUGUAAUGUUGAUGAAAGAAGCUCACACACGUUGAACUUAACAUGAAAUCUGUAUUUUUGUUACGGAAAUAACGCCCCAUGUAAUGUAAUCCUUAUUUCGCAUUAUGUAACUCCUCGCACAAGCCAUGCAGCCAGCCGCCCAGCCCAGCACGCGAGGCCCCACCAGAACACACUCUAGUCAACAUUGGGGCGGCAGAUAACGCGGCGACAAUUACUCACGACACAAAUAACAUGAAAACAAACACAUGAGAAUGAUGUCAGGCGUGAACUACGGACCAGCAGCUGUCCGGGUCACCAGUGCUUUGUAACGAAUUAUAAAAUAUAUCUGAAUUAUGUGUAUGACUUUGGAAUUACAGAGUUAUAUUCC